CGCACGCCCAUGGCUGUCUCCGAUUGCCUUGUAGCUGCACACUUUCAUAUAUAUCUUUCGUUCUGCACCUAACACUAUACCCACAACACUUGGUAGGCCAUGUCCAAGAAGAAGGCCGACGCAGCAGUCGCUUAGUUACGUUCGUUUCGAUAUUUGGGCGAUGUGCAAUUAUUAUUGACGUUGUUUCGAUCGAGCGAUGUUCGUUUGUUUAUCGAUUUGCCGCGCGGUGAUGUGCUGUGAGUGAGGAUUUAGCAUGGCUGCGCGGGUGAUGGACCGUUUUCAAGGAAGCGAAAAGUUGUUGGGCGCAUCGCGCGUGAAUAACUGUCGCAGCGGGAUACACUCGACGUACCGGAAGUGAAAUUGAACGUACUCAAAUAUGCCGGCCAAUAUCAGAAUGAAACGGAUUUUUUUAGAAGGUCUCCUCUGGCUUUACCUAUUGGAAAUUGGACUCACAGUGCUGUCACUUGAACCUGGAUUUUUAGAUUUUGACAACCUACCGGAUACCAAUUUCACGUGCGUGGGCAAAGUCAUAGGAGGCUAUUACGCGGACCUCGAGACCAACUGUCAGAUGUUUCACGUUUGCACCAUCGGCCAACUUGAGGAACCGAUGGACAUACGAUUUUUGUGUCUAAACGGGACCGUUUUUGAUCAGGAAACUCGAGUCUGCGAAAGGAUUGACGAAGUGGACUGUUCAAAAUCGGAACAAUUUUACAGCCUGAACUUGGAACUGUAUGGAAACAGUCAGCCUAUUUUAGAAGAGUCGCCAGAUGUACCAGAGACUGAACAACCUCUCGUUAUCAAAUCCACCACUACGACAACGACAACCACGACAACCAGGCGACCAACCACCAAGCCGACCAAGCCUCCGUACUUCAGCACUUCGAUUCUACCUACCGCAACGUCUGCUAGAAACCAGCAAGUGGUCCACCAUUUCCCCGUCACCUCGUCGGACAUCCGUUUCAAUCCGGAAGAAAUCAACAUCAGUCUAAACGCAGGAUCGCCUCCGGACAUAAGAACUAAUCACUUCGGGAACGGUUACAGUGACUCUAGUGAUAGUGCGAAAGUGCAGACUUCUAACCAGGAACUGAAAAGACCUCACGCCAUCUCCUCGACGACCUCUAGACCGGUCUUCUCGUUAGACGCGACCAGCAGGAAGUUACCGCAAAUUAACGAAGACGUCCACUACGAUUUUACCAACUCGGAUUAUAACACCGAGUACCCGCAAGUGUUUCACUUUGACAGCAGACACACCAGCUUCCUACCUCACAUCGCGCAAGACGUGUACCAUAACCGCCAGUAUCAGAACAAACCCCACCCCUCUACGUUUAGGCCGAAUUAUCUUCAAUCGCUCAAACCUCCCGACAUUAACCAACAACACCACUACAACACCCAAACGGAAAAGCCGCCGCAGAGACUUCAAAUUCCUAUACCGUUACUUCCCACGUUGCCACCGUUAAUAUUUAGUUCACCAGCACCGUUCACUUUACAUAGACACGUCGACUCCAAACGGUAUACUAAAGAGCACCAGGCUCCACCCAGAAUAAUAAUCAGUGCUAGCGCCAGCGUGACAGACGACAGCGGCAGAAGACUGAACUAUUCGUUAGGCACGAUAGGCGCCGCUCAAAUUCUGGAAGCACCCCCACCAUCUUACGACGAGUACAAGGACACUGACGUUGGGUUGGACCCAUUUUAUCACGACGUUCCCAAAUUGAAGCAACGCAGGCGACGUAGGAGCGCUGAUCAACCCGAACUAAACCCGUUCGAGGUAAUCCGCAACGAGCAAGAGGCCGUUAAAGUUUUAAAGUUCCUGUUUACUUGGUACCAGAAUCAUCAAGCUACAGCUACCGCGCCCUCUGUUACGAUACCGGUCUCUCCGGAUCUGAUAACGAAGAUUAAUCACGAAUUUGCGCCUCAGAGCUACUCGGAUGACAGCGGCGAAUUGCAUUUUAUCAGCUCCAGAGAAACCGUCCAAAGCACAACGCCGGCUCCGGUAACUCAGUCCGAUUUUGUGGGUGGCAACCCUAAGGAAUCCUCAUCUACAACGAACGAAGAAGAUGGGGACAUUGGGGGGACUAAGUCGGAAGGAGCGAACGAGUCAUCCAAAAAUAACUCGGGCUUGUAUAUUAAUCCUGACGACUAUAUAGAUGAUAAUUACGAACCUCAAUCAUAUAAGGAGGCAAAAACUUUUAAGUUGCCUAUUCAAUUACCGGAAUUGGAGGUCCUGCCGGAUCAUAAAUUAGAAACUCCGACCAAUACAGACGGUUUCCAAAACAAACAAAAUCUAGAAGAUUCUAAAAAUUCAAAAGUCGAUGAAGAUACCAAAAUUUCAAUAAACGACAACGUCAGUUCGACCACAGCUGCUCGCCCAGAAAACAACUUCAGACGUAGAGGUAGAGGCAGGCAUCGUUACUCCAGCCGGGUUUCACAGCAACAGCACUACUCGUUUUCAGAAAAUUUUGACGACUCUUUGAGACAUCCCGAUGUCGCGAAAGAGAGUCCCGAGUUCUUUCGCAUUCCGAUACCCCUGGAAAAUCCACCGGAGUUUCCCGAAAGAUCUGCCCACAGAAACUCGCGCAAAAGAGGACGGUCUAGAUUCAAUAGCAUCGUAUCCACGGAAUCUCCAACGUCUAGUACUUCGGAUGCGCCAACGAACGAAAUUAAAAGUUCCCUGGAAACUUCAACGGAAUAUGCUCCACCUAUUACGGAAACUAAUUACACUUACACGCCAGAGAUGCCAACGAACGAAAUUAAAAGUACCCUAGAAACUUCUACCGAAUAUGAACUACCUGUUACUGCUGGGCCAGCUAAGACCACUGACGCACCAGCGAUGGAGAUUGAUCAAGACAGUGAGCAAACCAAAGUACCUGCUAAUCCGGAAUCCAAUCAGCGCAGUUUAUCCAACCUAGCGAACGACACGAUUGAGAUAAACCUGUCAUCGAAAAAUUCCGCCAACGUGCUGCAGGAUAUUAAGGAAAUAUUCGAGCAAAGCGAAAUCGUAGAUGAAAACGGAAACGUCAAGGACGGACAAGAUAUUUUCAAAAAUCUGCAGAGCGCUUUCGACGCCAGCGUAGACCACGUGGAAGAGCUCAAAACGUCGUAUAAAGAGGAAGACUAUUUGGCGACAUCUGCGUCGCCUCCCAUUAAGCACGGCGAAGAAACUGUUUCCGUUAGGGCAGACGUCUCAACCGAGAGUGUCCGCAAUAUUCCUUCCGUACAAAGCGACAAUCCGAUUACUCCCGAAUAUGAGACCGAAAGUAACUUUGAAAUCUUCAAAUCGGUGACUUAUGAGCCGGUGACGAUUGAAGAUAGACCCGAAACUGCCACCGAGGAAACAAUUCUUCCAAUAUAUUACCACCCAAGAGGUUACGAUGGCGUAACUACUCCCUCAAAUCCGACCGGCAUUGAAAACUCAUCCGAUACUCACAGCUACUACCAACCGACAACUUCUAACAACUCUGCAGGUUCGGAGUUGACAAAUACCAGGAACAGUUCAGAUUAUCAGGGGAAUGGAGAUUACCAGUUGCCUCCUGUAGACGACACGACGGUAACCACGCCCCUGAUUAACUUUGAGGUUUCCGAAAGUUUUGCUACGACUUUGGCUCCGUUCACGGAAGAAACUUUCACGGAACACAACAUCAAUUCCACGGAUGGUUACAAAGAGAUCUCUCAAAAAGUAAAUAUACGACCAUCGUUGGUUAAAUCUAAGCAUAACAAAAUACCAGCGUUUAUUGUCGAAAACUAUAUGAGAAAUCCGUAUUUGCAGUACGAUAACACCAAAUACGCAACUCCGAAAACAAAAAAUGAGGAUUACGUACUGCACAACGAGACCACAACCGAGAGCACUACGGAAGAAGUCUCUCAGCAGGAACAAAACUCCACGCUGAAUACCAGUACCACUGAAUCGAUUUUGAAAAAACACGCAAACUACUUAGCGGUACUGUCGAAAGCGUUCGAAAAUAUAUACUCGCCUCGCAAUGAAUCUGACGAAAAACAAGACCAAUCUGACACGACAACUAAAGAUCACAAUUUAAAGCACCUAGAUGAAGGAGUCAUUCAAGAGGAGAAUCUCACUGAAUUAUCUGAGACGACCACGUUGGAGACUACAACGCAAGUCUCCGAAACUAGCACUAUUCCUACGACAACUACUUUCAAGCCUUACAGUACGUCUAAACCCACAAGGAGGAGUAGAACAAGGGGACGGUCUCGCUUCUUGGACCAUCACCGAUUACCACAUCACGAAACUACCACAUCUUCGACAGUGAGCGCGUUCGAAGGACUGUUCCAAAACCUUUUGUUCCAAAACUUUGCGAAAUCGAAUCGAAAUACCAAAAAAGCGUUGAGUAGUCAAACUGAAACGACUGCUAUUCCCGUGCACACGACUUCGUUACCAUUGAGUGACCAUUUGAACGAGCUGAUUCAGAAUGUGGAAACAACCACUGGAAGCGUAUCGGUUACCGAUUUCACAGAGCACUUAUCUACAACGGACAAUGCUGAAGAUAAUGAAAUUACAACUCCGGUAUCACCUACUGAACCUACCGAAGAACCCAUCGAAAAUACUGAGGCUCCGACGACUACCGAAGAAUUCUAUCAACCAACAGAGCCGGAAAAACUUCCCACCACGUUUCCUUCUUAUGGGGGUAUAAAUUUGAAUGAACUUGGAUUAACUAGCACACCGUCACCAUUCUCGAAACGUCCAGCAAUAGACAUUCCCGCAACAUCUUCACCGGAUUUUCCGAGUACCGUAAUCGGAGAGGAAGAUUUAAACAAAAUAUUCAAUUCUAGUCAUUUAGUGCAGGUGCUGGUAGAAACUACCACGCCUCCAAACGCGGUUGCCAGUACCACAGAGCAAUCUUAUCGAAAAAGGCCGUCGAGAAGAAGACCGAACGUACGAGACAGACAGUUCGGAAGGCAUCGCUUCAGUACCGAGUUGUUUACCCAGAAGCCUGAAGAUCAGAACGAUGAUAAAGUAAAAAUUACCGACGCCCCACUGCACAGGAGCGCAGCCCCUACCCAAGCGGACGUAAAGAAGAUUUCACUCCACACUACCCCGUUGUCCUCGCGUAACAAUAGACUUUCUACGAAAAGUGGCAAGACGUAUUUCUUCAAUUGCUUCGGCAAAGAGAUCAACAAGUUUUACGCGGAUCCGAGGGACUGCAGGCUGUUCCAUUAUUGUACGCAGGGCUACAGCAAAAAUCAGUUGUUAGAUUUAAAAUACGUGUGCGAUUUGAAGACUUAUUUCGACGACGAAAAGCUGAUUUGCACGAGGGUGAAACCUAGACGAUGUUUGUAAAUAGUAGAUGAAUGUAAAUUGUUUUCUGCAAGCAGUACUGUGUUUUUUUAUCGCGAAUAACUAGUGCAAUUAAUAUGUUAAAUGUAUAAUUGUGUAUGUAAAUUGAUAUAAAUACUCAUAGAUUAAUAUAUUUAAUAAA